AUGUGGCUUAGUGUGGCUGAACCUGAGCUCGUCAGCGCUGACUCACGCCAGCGAACAAAACUUUUUGUCUCUGUUGCUCAGCCAUCUUUGAGGAAUUUGCGAGAAAGCGAAGCCACCCAGAGGUCCAACAAGAUGUCUAACCAUAACAUCCACAAACGGGAGAGGAAAAGCAGUUUCUUCAAGUUGAUUGAAUCCUUUGCUUUGGAAAUCGGCACUUUGAAAAAGGAGAUGGGGAAAAAGCCAGAAACAAAGGAAGACCACGGCAUGGAUGCAAUACAAGGACUGGGUGAAGAAGUGGGGGGACUCUUUCUACAAGAAUCCCCUUGUGCUGACAUGGAGACUGGACUGGCUGGAGUGAGAGAUUCCGGCUAUGACUCUCUCCAUCGGCGACUCAGUGUUUUGGAUAGACUGAUCAAUACACAUCCGGUGUGGCUCCAACUUGACCUCGGUCAUCAGGAUGCUGUACACAUACUACAGAAGCAAGAAGCUGGAAUGUUUUUGGUGAGGAAGUCAUCAAGCCUUCAGAAAAAGGUCAUAUCUUUACGCAUGGACAAGAAUUUCCCUGUUCCCGUAAAAAAUUUUGUCGUCAAGGAGAGCCAGUACACCUUUUCUUUAGAAGGAUCUGGCCUGAGUUUUGCAGACCUGUUUCGUCUUAUAGCAUUCUGCUGCAUUAGCAGAGACGUGCUUCCGUUUACCUUGAAGCUGCCAGAGACCAUUGCUUCAGCCAAAACACCUGCUGAGCUCGCGGAGGUCGCUAAACUUGGAGCAGGUUUCUGGGACACUGAACUGUGCCGGAAGAAGGGUACUAUUUGUUUAUCGGGAUCCACAACUCCUGACAAACUGCCUCCACCUGGCCAGCGACCACUCUCAGUUGCCACCACAAGCCGCUCUCGGCUUCGGACUCGCAGCCCAUCAGAGCUCGAGUGUAUCCAGUCGAAUGGUGCCCUCUGCUUCAUAAAUCCUCUUUUCAUUAAAGUUCAUCAACAAGACAGCAACGACAGCCCGGAAUCAAAUUCUUCUGGUCUGAAUAACAAACUUCUAAAUCAGAACCCAGAAACAGAAACACUGCAAGUCACUGGUGACAGGCCUGCUGAUAUCAUUGACAGCCCACUGUCAAAUGAAGUAAAAUCUCAUAGCCUCGGUAGCAACACAGAACAGCGGGCUGAAACGAAGCAAAGUCCUGUAGACACUUCUUCAAGGUCUGUACCUACCCGUCCGCCACCGCCCCGCUUUGGAGCGCAGCAAUCGCCUCGGCAACACAGUAUGCCAGAAAAAAUUCCAUGGCUCAACGUACCCAAGGAGAAGACGGAAGAAAAGGAGCGUAGCAAUAGUCUCCUAUCACGUCUUGGUUCUUCAUUAAGUACCAGCCCCUCAUCAUCCCCUCCUAAGAGACUCAGCAUUAGCAGCCCCAUUUCCAUUCCCAGACCCUCUCUGCCCAUUUCUUGGUCGUCUCUAUCCUCCUCACCUCGGAGGGGCAAACCCUCACCAUCUUGUUCCCUGGAGGAUGCCCAGUGUCACUUGGCACUAGAAGACCAAACUAUCGAAAAGGCCCUUCUAAAGGCUAAACUAUCUCAGCAGAAUGGCAGCAAGGCUUGCACCCAGCCCAGCAGCAGUCUUCCAGAGUCCUCCAGUAAAGAAGGAGCAGAGCGAGGAGAGAGUGGUGGAGAAGCAGCAGAUGAAUGCAAGGGGCUUAGCCAGCGUCUGAGUGACAUGAGCUUUUCCACGGAUUCUUCAGACUCCCUCGAUCUCUCUAUGUCCUCCGCUUUCUUCCUUCCUCCUCUACAUGACCCAAGUCCACCUACAGUGGCUGAUUUUAACACCCACCUCCCCCUUUCAUUACCCUCGUCCCAUCUACUUUAUUCCAGCAUGGAGGAAGACGAUGACGAGGAGGAUGAUGACGAUGAAGAGGAUCCUGACUAUGGGGUUGUCCUAGAGAGUGACCAGGAGCAAGACCAAGACCUGACUAUGAUACCGCCCGGGCACAGGUUAAGACGCCGGCCAAGCGCCAGCGCUUUGGUCCUACAGAAAGCACUGCGAGGCCAUCUACGGAAGAUGAGCGGUGUUUUUAACUCACUAUUGACACCUGAAAAGAGAGCCAUUCGACGAGUGAUGGAUUUGUCCAGGGAUAAAAGUUCGUACUUCGGAUCACUGGUGCAGGAUUUCCUGAGCUACAUGGGCGACGGGGCGGGCACCCCGACUUGGCAGAGCUUUGCUUCUGGCCUGGAGCUACUUCAGACUCUUCGUCAGUUUAUCACUCAGAUGAAGAGUUAUCUGCGACAAAGCUCAGAGCUGGGUUUGCCCAUUGAGAGCCUCAUACCUGAAGACCAAAUAGAUCACGUCUUAGAAAAGGCCAUGCACAAGUGCGUACUGAAGCCUCUUAAACCGAUGGUUAGCGCCGCACUGCGGGAGUUCCAGGUGCGCAGCGGGGAAUGGGAGGAAUUGAAGGAGAACAUCUCUUUGGCGAAAGCUCGGCAGCCGCAGGAAAUGGGUGUAGAAGACAUGGUGCCACCAGAUUCAAUAGCUAUCGAGAAGAUCAAAUGCAAGUUCCACACCAUGUGCAAGCUGUACUCUCCGGAAAAGAAAGUCACAAUGCUGCUAAGGGUUUGCAAACUCAUCUAUACCAUCAUGGAGGACAAUUCAGGGCGCAUGUACGGUGCGGAUGACUUCCUACCGAUGUUUACCUAUGUGCUUGCCCAGUGUGACAUGCCAGAACUGAACAAUGAGAUACUUUACAUGAUGGAGCUUCUGGACCCCUCGCUGCUUCAUGGAGAAGGUGGCUAUUAUCUAACCAGUGCAUACGGAGCCAUGUCGCUGAUCCAAAACUUCCAGGAGGAGCAGGCGGCCAGGGUGCUGAGCUCCGAGACUAAAAACACGCUCCACCAGUGGCACCGGCGACGCAUGACUUUGCACGCCGAGCCGUCCUUUGAUGAUUUCCAAAAUUACCUGAGGGUUGCACUGAAGGAACCGGACAGCGGUUGCACCGCUAAGAUCCUCCCUGUGCGCCCCUACGCUACCGCAGAGGAGGUGUGUCAGCUGUGCGCGCUGAAGUUCAAGAUAUCGGACCCCGACAACUACGGUUUGUUCUUGCUGACGGACGGUAACACCCAACAGCUCGCUCCCGACACCCAUCCUCAAAAGAUAAAGGCAGAGCUCCACAGCCGCCCGCAAGCGCCAACCUUCCAUUUUGUUUACCGACGCCUGCCCAAUUGCGGCAGCUCGCCGUCGACUUCCCUGGAUCCCGAUAACCACACUGUGACGUCUGAAUAUCAGGACAACCUAAACAACCUCGGUGCGGAGUCACCCGACCCUUCCCCUGGUUCGGACCUCAGACUGUCACGUUAA